CCUGACAUCUGAUUGGCUUGUGCCAGCCAGUCAGAUGAACGUCAAGACUUCAACAUAGCAGAACAAAAUAAUGCCACCGGCCAGCACGCUAAAUGACGCAAAUCAAACAGGUGUUUUUGAACAGGUGCAUUCUGAUUUUAUGUCUAAACGUUAAAUGCUAAAUUAUGCUCCAUUUGGAUCCUCCAGCGGUGACUUCCACGCAAGUGUUCAAUUGAGGAACGUUUACCUGCAUUGAUGCGCGUGAGGCCUUUCUACCGUGUGUUACCAAAUCUGACUGCAGAGCUUCAUCCAGCUCAACAUGUCUGAACACUUUGACGACCGCAGUGGGACGGACGGAGAGUACAAACAGCAGACAAGUUGAAUCUGGAGCAGAUUGAGGAGGAUUUUGUGUUGCACGAGGCCUACAAUCUCGUUCAGACAGGCGCAUGCUGCCUUCCGGCACCUUGGGAGAAAACACUAUAUUUUGUGCUCACCUGCUACGUAGAAGAAGAAGAAGAAGAGGGAACGUAAAGAUGUCAAAGCACUGACAAGCUCGAAACAACAUGACCAAGUUUUGGAAGGAGCACUCCCAGGCUGCCACAGUGGAGGAGAUGAUGCUGGACACUCGUGCCAAGGAGCUCACCCAGCAGGAGCUGCCCGAGAUCCUGUCCAUGCUGCCCUGCCUGGCUGGAUUCAGAGUGCUGGAGCUGGGAGCUGGCAUCGGCCGUUACACCAGCCACCUGCUGACCAAGGCCUCACAUGUGACGGCUGUGGACUUCAUGGAGAGCUUUGUGGAGAGGAACAGGCAGGACAAUGGUCACCACAGCAACGCUACCUUCAUCCAAGCUGACGUCACAAAGCUGGAUAUUCCCCAAAACAGCAUUGACGUCAUCUUCUCCAACUGGCUGCUGAUGUACCUGAGCGACAAGGAGCUAAAGUCCUUCAUAGAGAAGAUGAUGGGCUGGCUGCGUCCCGGUGGCUUUCUUUUCUUCAGAGAGUCCUGCAACCACCGGUCAGGUGAUUACAAGAGGGACUUCAACCCCACCUGCUACCGCACCGAGGCACAAUACAGCCACAUUGUCUCAUCGCUACAAGUGGAGGAGCCAGAGGGGGGCCAAAUGUUUGGUUUCGACAUUGUGUUGAAAAAGAAAGUUCAGGCCUAUGUUGAGAUGAAAAACAAUCCGAAUCAGAUCUGUUGGCUUCUGGAGAAGGUUCCCCGCUCCUCGAGCACCCAGAACGGAUUCAGCACCUUCCAGCAGUUCCUGGACAACCAGCAGUACACUAGCCGCGGCAUCCUGCGCUACGAGAAGAUGUUCGGGGCUGGUUACGUCAGCACAGGCGGGCCCAGCACCACCAAGGAGUUUGUGGACCGGCUGAACCUGAAGCCCGGACAGAAGGUUCUAGAUGUUGGCUGUGGCAUCGGUGGAGGAGAUUUCUACAUGGCAAAGACGUUUGGAGUAGCGGUGCUUGGGCUGGACCUGUCAGACAACAUGGUGGAAAUCGCCAUGGAGAGGGCGAUCACUGAGAAUUUGCCAUCAGUCCAGUUUGAGGUGGCUGAUGCCACUAGGAGGUCGUUCCCUGAAGGAUCCUUUGAUGUGAUCUACAGCAGAGACACAAUCCUGCACAUAGACGACAAACUCGCCCUCUUCAAACGCUUCCAUUCUUGGUUAAAGCCAGGUGGCAAGUUGCUUAUCAGUGAUUACUGCGGCGGGGAGAAGCCCUGGACACCGGUGUUCGAGGCCUACGUGAAACAAAGAGGCUACGUCCUCUAUACACCCUCACAGUAUGGCAAGUUCCUUCAGGAAGCCGGUUUCUGCAGCGUUCAGUCAGAAGACCGGACAGCCCAGUUCAUUCAGGUGAUAAAGACAGAGCUGCAGAGAGCAGAGCUCAUCAAGGAAGAAUUCAUUCAGGAAUUCUCUGAAGACGACUAUUUUGCAAUAGUAAACGGAUGGGGGGAAAAACUGAAACGUUCCAACAGUGGAGACCAACGAUGGGGACUCUUUUAUGCAACGAGGGAUUGAGUGAUUGCACUAAGAUUUGAGAAGAUAAUAAAAGAAAAAAAGGG